UGUCACCAUACCGGAAGCACUUGCUGGGCGGAGUCGCCUGUUUUCACUUCCUUGAUGCACACUAACAGCUAACAGAGCUGCACAAUGAAAAUACUCACUUUACUCAGCUUAUUUGCCACAUAUUUAUCAGCCAACAGCAUCAACAUCGAGGAUAACGCAGGGCAGUUCUUCAGCAGUGGUCACACUAACAACUGGGCUGUUCUGGUGUGCACAUCCAGAUUCUGGUUCAACUACCGUCAUGUGGCCAAUACUCUGUCCGUCUACAGAAGUGUUAAGAGGCUGGGCAUCCCUGACAGCCACAUAGUUCUCAUGCUGGCCGAUGACAUGGCUUGUAACCACAGAAACCCCAAACCGGCCACAGUGUUCAGCCACAAGAACAUGGAGCUGAAUGUGUACGGUGACGACGUGGAGGUGGACUACCGAGGAUAUGAGGUGACAGUGGAGAACUUCCUGCGUGUUUUGACUGGCAGGCUGCCGCCCAGCACUCCACGUUCAAAGCGCCUCCUCUCUGAUGACCGCAGCAACAUCCUCAUAUACCUGACAGGCCAUGGCGGGAAUGGCUUUCUGAAGUUCCAGGACUCUGAGGAGAUAAGUAAUGUGGAACUGGCCGACGCUUUUGAGCAGAUGUGGCAGAAAAGAAGGUACAAUGAGCUGCUCUUCAUCAUUGACACCUGUCAGGGCGCCUCCAUGUAUGAGAGGUUCUACUCCCCAAACCUCAUGGCGUUGGCCAGCAGUCAAGUUGGAGAGGACUCUCUGUCGCAUCAGCCAGAUUUGGCCAUAGGAGUCCAUUUGAUGGACCGUUACACCUUCUACCUGCUGGAGUUCCUGGAAGACAUCCACCCUGCAAGCAAAUCCAACAUGAAUGACCUGUUCAAAGUGUGUCCCAAGAGUCAGUGUGUGUCCACACCAGGCCACCGUACCGACCUUUUCCUGAGGGACCCAGGAAGUGCCCUCAUCACGGAUUUCUUUGGUAGCGUACGCAAAGUCGAGAUCACCAUGGAAACCAUCAACUUGACUGACCCCAUCGAGCAGGCGGAGCAGACCACUGUGAAUGGAGAGCUGCAAAAACAGACCUACUCUUAUGUGGACCAGCUGCCAGUGUCUGAGAUCAUCCAUCAGAAACCAAAGCAGAAAGACUGGCAUCCUCCUGAUGGCUUCAUCCUGGGCCUGUGGACUCUAAUCCUCCUGGUGUUUUUCAAGACGUACGGCAUGAAGCACCUCAAACACAUCUUCUGAGGCCUCAACCGCUGGAUAUCUGAGGACGGGGAAGCUGCAGAUCAGGAGCUUUUACCGAAUAUUAGAGGAGCUGUGCGGUUGACAGGCUCAUUUUCCUGAAAAUGGAAAGGAGAUGUAUUGCACCACAACCGCUUGGCCAGGAACUGUGUGAUGCAAUUGGUGCCCUUUUUUCUUUUGGAUGAUUGCUCAAUGCUGAUGAAAUUUGUGUAUUAUUCCAGAUGUGAGAAGGGACAAAUACUUGAAAGUCAUGCAUCAGAUAUGCGAUGCCUCAACUCUGCAUGUGCACACCACUAGCAGUGUGGCUAUUUUUAAACAGUUUUAUAUGUUUUUUUUUGACAAGCUGUAUUUAUUUCUUUGUGUGUCAAAAGUUUUGUUUCGUCAAGCCAUUCCAUAAUUGCUUUGAUUUGGUUAAAACAUGCACUGAAUUGAGUCCGCAGAUAAGAAUUUAAUUUAUUUUCGAGAGCGUGCUACUCUGCAUAUUUCAGCAGCGGCAGCCCUUUUUGUUUAAGUGCUACUCAGAACGUCUGCUCGGUCAGAAAAAGGAAAGUGCGGGACGAGGGCAGGCUGAUUGGCUGUGAGUGGGCUGUGAAGAGAUUACUAUUUAAUGUCUCCCUUGUCCAUAUACAUUACACCCCUUGACUGUCAUAUCACGCUUGUGAAGGAUAACAAUCGCAUAUAAUCCCAUCUCGCAUGAUGGACCCAUCCACUUUCCCAUUCACCAAAUUGCCCUCCCUGUGGAAACAUCCAUUAGCUCCCCAGCCGUGUACUCGGCUGAUUGUAUUCUGGGUGAUGGACAGCUAUUUCCCCGGCCAUUCCACGUCUCGCGCUACAGCAGCGAUAAGUGAGUGAUAACCUAGUAAGCCGCCGGCCGUCCCAAAUGAAUCUCCUCUGUGCUGGGACGUGUUUUUCUCCUCUCCCCUUUCUCUGCAUUUGUAACCACUCUGCAUUAGGCUCAUUGUUGGGGGGAGUGACUGAUGCUCAAAGCAUAUGAAUUGAACCUGAGGUAGUUUAUCUUUGCUCCUUGACGCGAGGACCCGCCCAUCGGGUGCCUGCUGCCACUCUCCCUUGCGGCUCAAGUGGAAAAUAGAUGGAGUUGGAAAUGAAACCAUAUGUAUCGAAAGGCAGCUGCUGCGUCAGCCACCAAGUACCUUCUCUUAUACAUUAUUUAUGCUUUAACGCUUAUUUUUUCUUCCUUUUUCCCUCCCUGUUAUUUCCUGUAAUCUCAUAACUCGUGGUCUCCCUUUCAGAGAGAGUAAGCUCAUUUUAUUUCCUCAAUUGGAAGGAUUUUGAUACCCUGAUUAAAGAUGAAACACUCAAUUAAAGGAAUGUAUUUGCCUGUU